GGGGCGGCGGGGGGGGAACCGGGACACGGGAACCGGGACACGGCCGGGAGCGCCCGCCCGCGGCCCCACGACCCGCCGCUGGCACCGCCGCCACCGGAGGGAAGAGCCGGGCGCGGCCCCGGAGGAGUCGCCGCCAUGAACAGCGUGGGAGGCGCCGAUGAGAUCGGAAAGCUGUUCGUGGGUGGCCUGGACUGGAGCACGACACAAGAAACUCUUCGUAGCUACUUCUCCCAGUAUGGAGAAGUUGUAGACUGUGUAAUAAUGAAAGACAAAACAACAAAUCAAUCUCGAGGAUUUGGAUUUGUCAAAUUUAAAGAUCCCAACUGUGUGGGAACAGUGCUGGCCAGCAGACCUCAUACGUUAGAUGGCCGAAAUAUUGAUCCAAAGCCAUGCACACCUCGGGGGAUGCAGCCGGAGCGGACACGGCCGAAGGAAGGAUGGCAGAAAGGAUCCAGGAGCGAUAACAAUAAAUCCAAUAAAAUUUUUGUUGGUGGGAUUCCUCAUAACUGUGGCGAGACAGAGCUCAGGGAAUACUUCAAGAAGUUUGGAGUGGUCACUGAAGUUGUAAUGAUCUAUGACGCAGAGAAACAGAGGCCCCGAGGUUUUGGAUUUAUUACUUUCGAGGACGAACAAUCAGUGGACCAGGCUGUCAACAUGCAUUUUCACGACAUCAUGGGCAAAAAAGUGGAGGUGAAACGCGCCGAGCCUCGGGAUAGCAAGAGCCAAACUCCGGGGCCACCAGGGGCCAGCCAGUGGGGGAGCAGGAUCAUGCCAAGUGCUGCCAACGGCUGGGCAGGGCAGCCCCCUCCGACCUGGCAGCAGGGCUACGGCCCCCAAGGGAUGUGGGUGCCAGCUGGACAGGCAAUUGGUGGAUAUGGACCCCCUCCUCCAGGCAGAGGAGCUCCUCCCCCACCACCACCAUUUACCUCAUACAUAGUCUCCACACCUCCUGGGGGAUUCCCACCUCCACAAGGAUUUCCACAGGGCUAUGGCACCCCUCCACCAUUUAGUUUUAGUUAUGGUGCUCCACCUCCUCCACCUGACCAGUUUGCCCCCCCUGGAGUCCCCCCUCCACCUGCCACUCCAGGGGCAGCACCACUCGCUUUUCCUCCACCACCACCACCAUCUCAGGCAACUCAGGACAUGAGCAAACCCCCGACUGCUCAGCCAGAAUUCCCUUAUAGUCAGUUUGGGUAUGGACAAGACUUGAGUGGGUUUGGACAAGGUUUCUCUGAUCCCAGCCAGCAGCCCCCUCCCUACGGAGGCCCCUCGGUGCAGCCAUCCAGCGGCCCCCCGGCCGGAGGCAGCGGCUUCGGCCGGGGACAGAACCACAACGUGCAAGGAUUCCACCCCUACCGGCGCUAGCCUGGGCUGGCAAUCAGGGAGUGAGUGCUGGCCACAGGGACCUCUGGGCCCAGCUGAAGCCCGGGAUCCCAGACUUCUGAACUUGUGACAAUCACAUUACUUGAUGGAAGAAAAACCUAACAACAGUUUUUUUUUGGGCGGGGGGGGGCGGGGGUUGGGGGCAGAUGGCUUCUGAAGGCAGAGCUGUGGGUGUUUGGACUGCAGUUUUUAAAGAUUUUCCUUUCUCUAACCCAUCAGCACAAAUAAAGAAAAUGUCACUGGUUCAAAUUACAGGGUUUUAAAAAUGUCUUCAGCUUUAAUUCAAAACUUCAGGUUUCUUUUUUUUGAAAUUAUUUUUCCUGAGCCUUUGUUUUACCGUAUAUUGUAAACUUUUAUGUUUAAAAGAAAAAAAAAUAUAUACAUUUACAGAUUGUGAAA